AUGGCUUCCCGAGGGGGGCGCGCGUGGGGGCGGGGCAGUCGCCGGCAAGAAGCAGAGGCGGGUGGCGGAAGCGGUAGCUUCAGCGGAGGGCGCCAUCCGCGGGGAAGGGCGGAGGCGCAGAGAGGUGCGCGCGGAGGCGGGCGGCGGGCGCAAGGGCGGGCGGUGACGGCGGAAGAAGAGGCGCUGCAUUCGCUGCUGGAAGGUGCGGGGAGAGCGGAGGGUUGCGGGACGAGGAAGGACGGGUGGGGGAGGGAUGGGGGUGAGGAGGUGUGGCUGAUGGACCUCAGAACCUCUGGAAUGAGGGGCGGACGGUUGGAGGGGGUGCGGGAUGCAGGGGGGAGAGGGGGGGGGAGGGGGGAGGGUCGGGACUACACGUUCCAAACUUGGGUGCCGGCUGGCAGGAGGAAGCAGGCAGGGCAGAGACGACUCAGCAGCACAGCUGUGACUGUAUUGGAAUGUGACAACAGCGGUGCCACCCACAGUACCAGCAGCAGCAGCAGCAGCAGCAGCAGCAGCAGUCACCCCACCACCUCAGUCCCCCCCUUUACUGUCACCACCACUGCCGCCCCAACCAUUCUCAAGGGCCCAGCAACCGACCACUUCGAAGCAUCCCUUCGUUACUAUCACACUGCCCUCUCCUCCCCCGCCCUCUCCCCCGCUGCCCGCCUCUCCGUUUUGUUUGACAUGGGGGAGGCGUAUCUGGGGCUCGGGGAUGCGCAGCUAGCAGACGGGAAACGGGCGGCAGGGGGGCCAAUGAGUCAGCCUGUGCUGAUGUGGCAAGCGGUGAAACGGCUGGAGAGGGAGGCUGCCACGUCAGCUGCUGACUCAUGCCGACUUGCAUUCGAGGCAUUCGACGAGAUCUGUCGUGCUGGCCCCACCCUUCGCUCUGCUGACUCAGCAGGGGGUGCCCUGUCAGCCGCUGACGUCAGCAGCGGAGGAGGCGGGAGAGGAGGCAGAGGGAGGGGAGGGGGGGAGGGUGGCGGGGACGCUGACGUGGCGGAGAUGGUCCAAGGGGCGGCAGUGAAUGCAGCCAAUGCGCUGGUGGCAUGGGCAGAGGCGGUGGGGGAGGUGGAGGAGGGUGGGGAGGAGGAGGUGAAGGAAGAGGAGCGGGGGGAAGGAGCAUGCGAGGGUAUGGCGGUGGAUGGGGGGGAGCAGCAGCAGGCGCAGGUACAGCAUGAGCAGGAGCGGGCGGAGCAAGGUGGGGUGAGAGCAGUGAGGGUGGUGCAGCUGCUGCGUGAGGCAGCAGUGCGGUACGAUGCAGCAGCAGGCGCGGCACCGAAUGACACGGACCUGCUCUCCAACCUCGGGGACUGCGCUGUCAAGACUGCUGAGCUCAUGUGUCCAGAGCGGCCAGUGGGCGAGCGCGCGGUGACAGCAUGGGGGGGGGCGUGGGGGCAGUACGAGAGGGGCAUGGGGGCGUACGGUGCAGCGUGCUCGCUGUGUGAUGUGCGGGUGGGGGACGACAUGCCAGGGCUGCUGCACAACUGGGGCGUGGGACUGCUGUCCGCCGCUCAGCGCUGCCCUGAACCUGACCAGGAGGUUCGGCUUCUGACGGAAGCUGCGGAGAAGCUUCAAAGGGCAGCCGAUUUCCAGCCCACAGAUAUCGCCUCUCGUCUGGCUCUGGGGGAGGUGUUAUCUGCGCAAGGGGAGGUGCUAUCUGCACGGAGGGCCCAAUCAGCAUCCUCAUCCAGCAGCCUACAGGAGGCCCUGCACCUCCUCUCCCUCUCUCUCUCCCGCGGGUUCUCUGCCGCCCUGCGAAUCGACUCUCGCCAUCCAGAAGCGCUCCUGGGGGCGGCAGAUGUGCACCUGUCUGCCGCCCGGCUGCUUAUGGGGUGGGCGGCGGGCAGGGAGAGGGGCGGCGGUGGUGGCCGCAGGGAGGGUGGUGGAGAAGGCAUGGGUGGUGGGGAUGAGGUGGCAGCAUCGCUGCCUCAAGAGGCGGUGGACCACUUGCAGCAUGCCAUGUCAGCGUACCGUGCUGCCAUGGUGGCAAUGAAAGCUACGGAUGUCUUGUCAUAUGCGGAUCAAUGCGGUGGGCUUUACAACAUGGCGUGUGCUGCUGCACUGGCAGGGCUGCUUGCUGUGUCAGCAGACAUUCUUGCCAGGCUGGCCGUGAUUGGUUGGCUCUCCAAGGGAGAUUUGCUGAGUGACGAAGAUUUUAGACUUCUCAGGCAGUCCCCGGUGUACACAGGCUUGCUGUCUGAAUUAACGAUGCAAGAAUCAUUGUGA